GCCAUGUUAGAAGGCAAAGCCAUCAUUGGAGAGACUGACAUGCUUCAAGUCAUGCAGCAAGACGCGCUUCGCUUGGCUGCAAAGGCCCUGGACGUGUUUGACAUCGCUGAAACAACCAACAUUGCUCACUUCAUUAAGAAGGAUUUUGAUGAAUCCCAUGGACACGGGUGGCAAUGCAUAGUGGGAAACGAUUUCGGUUCCUUUGUCACGCACCGCCAGGGGUGUUUCAUCUAUUUCUGCAUCGGCAGCCUUGCCUUCUUGCUCUUCAGGGUUGAAGUUAAUUCAAACGUUGAAGAAAACUUGAUCCCUGAGAUGGAGGCUGUGCAGAAAUAAGUUCUGUUUAUGUCUUUAUUUCUAUUUAUUACUUUCAGAUUUGUCAUUAUAAGACAAACAAAUGAACAAUUUCCAAGUAGUGAUUCUGAUCGCUCUUCGUUUUCA